GAUCAGACUGAUUCCGGAGAACUUCUCUCAAACUGUGGUCCCUCUCCAAGGAAACGAUCGAUGGUGUUAGCAAGCUGGAUGAGAUGGCUUUCGCUCCAAAAGAUACAAAUAGGAUUUGGGCUUUGCGGUGCGCUGUAUUCACUGGGAGACGCUCAUAGAGGGAGUCGAUGCCUGAACGGGUUCUGCAAUGUAGUAGAGUGGCUUGUGUAGGAGCGGUACCUCUGGAGCAUAGUUCGUCUACAUCCUGCCGUAGUUCGGAACUCUGUCAGUGCACUUACCAUAGUAAAGCACCUGCAAUGUUCGUCUGGCAUCCAAAGUUCGAAGUUUAUAGCUGGGCAGUAUUGCUGUUGCUUGUAGUUGGUAGAGUACUGGUUGGUCGAGGUGACCCGUCAGACCCGUGCUGCCAACUUGUUCGUGCCUACAGACUGAGCAGGCCAGUAGUAGAUACCCUGUGGUAGGUCGUCGAUUAAUGCCACCUCUGUGCAUGCGCCAUUGAAGGAAAGGAGACGCGGGAC